AUGGAGGACGAUCUACCUCUGCUGGUUUCGGUAUCUGCACUCUCUGAUUACCUGUGCUGCUCAAUAUGUAUGAAUGUGAUGAAGGAGACGGUGAUGACCUGCUGUGGCCAUCGCUACUGCAGUGGUUGUAUCAAGGAAUGGGUCGACCGUAACCACAAGUGUCCAUGCUGUAAUAAAGCCCUUAACAUGACCGAGGUGUUCAAGGAUCAUCAGUUUGACUGUCUUAUAGACGCCAUCAGCAAUGAGAAGGCGAACUCAGAAGCCAAAUACUUUGAGUCCUUAAUUAAUUCAGCUGUGAGUGAGUCACAAGCCUCAGUGCAACUGUCUCCAAUAGAAACUGUUCUAAAAGACCAUCUGAAAGAGAGUUUGGCUGCCCAUGAGAGGUAUUUCCAGAAGCUGGAAAAAGAAUUAUCUGAACAAGAGAAGAGAUUGGAGUUAUCAUGUGUAAAAGCUGUCAAUGAUCUAACGUCACAUGGAUUGUCAGAACAAGAGAUAACAAAGCAGACAACAGACCUGCAGAAUCGACUGUCACAUCAGAAGGAGGCACUACAAGAAGAACUAAAAUUGUGUACAAAACUGGUGGCUGAGUCCUACAAUAGAUACCUGACGACCCACAUUCCUCAGUUAGAUGUGCUCCCUGUCAAGGUGGGCAUCACCAUACUGGACAAAAACAUGAAAGUGUCUGAUGUUGUUUUCAAACCAACUGACAGGAUUGGGGACAAAGUGAAAGCCUCUGUAGAAGCUACCAUGGCAGCCAGAAAUGAUCCAGUGGGUGAAUGGCCAGAGGAGCUUCAUCUUGUGUUGUUUGGGCCUUUUGUAAAGUGUAGCCAUUUUGAAAUGCAGCAGAUAGUGAGAGAAAUACUGCAUGAUGGGAAGGUAUACUGUGACAUCACAGUGAUAGACAAACACAGUCGUCCUGUCCUUGAACAUUCCAUGAAACCAGGAAGUGAGAUUGCCAUUUAUGGUAAGAUAGUCCUGGAAAGUGAUAUGCCUAAGCAAUGUUUCCGACAAACUUUUCAGGAAGGCAAACCCCAAUCUGUUGACUAUUUUUGCUGCAAACGAUGUGGAUUUCAGUGGAUAUGCAGAUCAUGUAUGGAAGUUUGCCACCAAGGCCAUGAGACAGUGCCUUACAUUAUGAAUCAUCAGCCAGCAUGGGCCUGCUGUUACUGUCCAAAGAAGAAGACUUGUUUAAUUCAGCCAGGGCUUGGAAGUAAUCGAAAUUAAUGUAAACAUUAAUGCAUCGGUAGAGCUGGGACCUAGCUGUGAUGGUACUGUAAAAUGCUGUAAUUUAUAGUGAUGCUGAUAUCAUCUAUAAUGAUAAGUUAUGUCUGGUGGAUAAUUUAAUCUGGCAUGUCAUGUGACCAGGAAGUUAAUUACGGUACACAUCGUCAGACCUGAUAAAUACAGCCAUGAACUAUCCCAAAGGAUAGAGAGCUUGGUUGUUAAGGGACCAGAUAUAUAGUCCAGUGGAUAAAAUAUACCUGCUGCAGAACUGAGUUUCAUCAUCAAAACAUAUACGUUCAACUGUGUACAAAUUUGUAUGUAUCAUGAAUUAAAAACAUAUGAUGGCAUUGAAUAAUUGAUAGG